GUAGCAGCAGCGCCGGGUCCCGCGUGGAGGUGCUCUUAGCGGUGCUGUUUCUCGAGCAGCGGCAGUUCUCACUACAGCGCCAGGACGAGUCCGGUUCGUGUUCGUCCGCGGAGAUCUCUCUCAUCGCGCUCGGCUGCGGGAAAUCGGGCUGAAGCGACUGAGUCCGCGAUGCAGAGAGAAAAGGAACAGUUCCGGAAACUCUUCAUUGGUGGCUUGAGCUUUGAAACCACAGAAGAAAGUUUGAGGAACUACUACAAACAAUGGGGAAAACUUACAGACUGUGUGGUUAUGAGAGAGCCUGCAAGCAAAAGACCAAGAGGAUUUGGUUUUGUGACCUUUUCAUCCAUGGCUGAGGCUGAUGCUGCUAUGGCUGCAAGACCUCAUUCAAUUGAUGGGAGAGUGGUUGAGCCAAAACGUGCUGUUGCAAGAGAGGAAUCUGGAAAACCAGGGGCUCAUGUAACUGUGAAGAAGCUCUUUGUUGGUGGAAUUGAAGAAGAUACUGAGGAACACCAUCUUAGAGAUUAUUUCGAGGAAUAUGGAAAGAUUGAUACCAUUGAGAUAAUUACUGAUAGGCAGUCUGGAAAGAAAAGAGGCUUUGGUUUUGUUACCUUUGAUGAUCAUGAUCCUGUGGAUAAGAUUGUGUUGCAGAAAUAUCAUACCAUCAAUGGUCAUAACGCAGAAGUAAGAAAGGCUUUGUCUAGACAAGAAAUGCAGGAAGUCCAAAGUUCUAGAAGUGGAAGAGGAGGCAACUUUGGUUUUGGAGAUUCUCGUGGUGGUGGUGGAAAUUUUGGACCAGGACCAGGAAGUAACUUUAGAGGAGGAUCUGAUGGAUAUGGAAGUGGCCGUGGAUUUGGGGAUGGCUAUAAUGGGUAUGGAGGAGGACCUGGAGGUGGCAAUUUUGGAGGUAGCCCUGCUUAUGGAGGAGGAAGAGGAGGAUAUGGUGGUGGAGGACCUGGAUAUGGCAACCAGGGUGGGGGCUACAGAGGUGGUUAUGACAACUAUGGAGGAGGAAUUUAUGGAAGUGGAAAUUACAAUGAUUUUGGAAAUUAUAACCAGCAACCCUCUAACUAUGGUCCAAUGAAGAGUGGAAACUUUGGUGGUAGCAGGAACAUGGGGGGACCAAAUGGUGGAGGAAACUAUGGUCCUGGAGGCAGUGGAGGAAGUGGGGGUUAUGGAGGGAGAAGCCGAUAUUGAGCUUCUUCCUACUUGCCAUGGGCUUCACUGUAUAAAUAGGAGAGGAUGAGAGCCCAGAGGUAACAGAACAGCUUCAGGUUAUCGAAAUAACAAUGUUAAGGAAACUCUUAUCUCAGUCAUGCAUAAAUAUGCAGUGAUAUGGCAGAAGA